AUGCAGGUAUUGUGUCGAAAUAAUCCUCGCUCACUAGUACUUCGCUCGAAACGAGAAAAUGGUGCUACGACGCUAUUGCAGUUUGAAAAGGUUCACCAAGAUUAUGAUUCUCGACCUCAAUGCAAUGUAAGGCUUCUGCAUGAAUUAGAGUUGACGGGCUACGAAAGGCUCAGUCAGAGAACGGUAUUCGGCUGUCUAGGCUUACUGGAAGUGGAAAAUGAUAUGUUCCUUUUGGUUGUGUCAAAGUGUUUAUCCGUUGGAGAAAUUCGUCCCAAUGAAUCG